CUGCUGCUGUGUGUGAAGAGGAAGGAGUACUGGCCCUUUAAGAGAAGCUCUGCAGCUACCAGCACAAAGCAGCUCCCGGCUCUCUAGGCAGACACCAAAGGGCCAUGCUCUGACAGCAGGGAGGGGAGAGACCCCCAGCUACCCUCCCACUCCAUCACCCCAGACAAGGCAAGGCAUCCCAGCAGAGGGGGACAAGCUAUUUCCAGACUGCAAUCCAAAAGAGACACAGCUCCAGCCUGAGCUCCUUCCUGUCAUCUACUGCCCCCAAUGUGAUGAGUGGAGGUGGCAUCUAGACCAGCCAAAUCAUAUCAAACAAGUGCCUCCUCUCCUCCUCCCAGCCCCUCUCCUCUUUGUUUCAGAGUGCUGUGGUUGGCAUGUAUCCUGCAGAAUUUGUCACCCCUCAGAUCACCAAUGGAGCCCCCAGCAUUGAAACCUCCUCUCUACACCCAUGACAUGUGUCCUAGGUAGACCUCCACCUUUGCUGUGGACCCUGGAGGACAUCCUGGAAGAUAGUGUCCCUGUGUGUGUCUGAUCCUCUCCAAGAUCCAUCAUGUCCUUAGCUUUCUGUGGCAAUGAAAACAGUUCCCUGGCUUACAAUGUGGACAAGGGAGUCCUCAACAAUGGAUGCUUUGUGGAUGCCCUUAAUGUGGUCCCUCAUGUGUUCUUGCUCUUUAUCACCUUCCCCAUACUGUUUAUAGGCUGGGGAAGUCAGAGUUCGAAGGUGCAUAUACAUCACAGCACGUGGCUUCAUUUCCCCGGACACAACUUGCGUUGGAUCCUCACUUUCAUCCUCCUUUUUGUAGUGGUGUGUGAAAUCGCAGAGGGCAUAGUGUCAGAUGGGUUUUCGAAGUCACGACACCUUCACUUGUAUAUGCCUGCUGUCAUGGCGUUCCUUGCCGCUAUCACUUCCAUCGUCUACUACCAUAACAUCGAGACGUCAAAUUUUCCAAAGUUAUUAAUAACACUGCUAGUAUAUUGGAUGUUAGCCUUUGUAACCAAAACUAUCAAAUUUGUCAAGUUUUGUGAUAACGAAGUUGGAUUUUACCAGCUGCGAUUUUGUCUCACCGGAUUAUUAGCCAUUCUUUAUGGGUUGCUUUUAGCUGUAGAAAUGAAUGUCAUCAGGUUAAGGAGAUAUGUCUUCUAUAAAUACCCCAAAGAGGUGAAACCUCCGGAGGACCUGCAGGACUUGGGAGUUCGUUUCUUACAGCCUUUUGUCAAUCUCCUAUCUAAAGGAACGUACUGGUGGAUGAACACGUUCAUAAAGACAGCUCACAAAAAGCCAAUUGAUUUAAAAGCAAUAGGCAAACUACCCAUAGCCAUGCGGGCAGUCACUAAUUACAUUCUCCUUAAUGAGGCAUUCCAAGCUCAAAGGAGUAAAACAUCCCCAUGUCCUGCAGGGUCCAGGUCUAUCUGGUGUGCUCUGGGCCAUGCUUUUGGGAGACCUCUGAUUCUUAGCAGUAUUUUCCGUAUCCUGGCAGAUAUUUUGGGCUUUGCUGGUCCUCUCUGCAUUUCUGGGAUUGUCCACCACCUCAGCCUGGAAAAUAAAACUUUCCAUACACGGGCUGUUUUUUUUGGUGUUCACUUCAUUUCAUCCCAAGAAUUCCUUGCCAAUGCCUACGUCCUUGCUGUCCUCUUGUUUUUUGCCCUCUUGUUGCAAAGAACAUUUCUUCAAGCUUCCUAUUAUGUUGCCAUUGAAACAGGAAUCAAUUUGCGAGGAGCAAUACAGACAAAAAUAUACAACAAAAUUAUGCAUCUUUCCACUUCCAACAUGUCUAUGGGAGAAAUGACUUCCGGACAGAUCUGUAACCUUGUAGCAAUAGACACCAAUCAACUCAUGUGGUUUUUCUUCCUAUGUCCAAAUCUUUGGGCAAUGCCUGUACAGAUCAUCAUCGGAAUAAUUCUUCUAUAUUACAUACUGGGGAUGAGUGCCUUGAUUGGUGCUGUUGUUAUUAUUGUACUGGCACCUGUUCAGUAUUUUGUAGCCACAAAGCUUUCACAAGCUCAGAGAAGCACAUUGGAAUAUUCCAACGAACGGCUUAAGAAGACAAACGAAAUGCUUCGAGGCAUAAAACUACUUAAACUAUAUUCCUGGGAACAUAUUUUCCAUAGCAGUGUCGAAGAAACGAGGCAAAAAGAAAUGACCAGUCUAAAAGCAUUCGCAUUGUAUACAUCCAUAUCUAUUUUCAUGAAUGCAGCCAUCCCGAUUGCAGCAGUCCUAAUAACAUUUGUUGUUCACGUUCACAUACUCAACCAAGACGAUUUUUCACCUGCCGUGGCUUUCGCAUCGCUGUCUCUUUUUCAUAUUCUGGUGACGCCGCUGUUUCUACUGUCCAGUGUGGUCAGGUCCACGGUCAAGGCUCUGGUCAGUGUUCAAAAGCUUAGUGAAUUUUUCUCAAGUGAAGAAAUUGGCGACGAAGGCGAGAAGUUGCAACCGUCCAUAAAAUUAGGGAUGCAGAACAAGUAUCAGGCUCUGCCCCUCAAAGUUGUUAAUCGUAAGCGGCCUGCCCGAGAAGACUGGAACAAUUUCAACCGCCAGCACAGAGGAGCAAAUAACAGCACAGAAGCAGAUGAUUUUUGUAUAAAGAUGACCAAUGGAUUUUUCACAUGGACCCCUGAUGGGUCGCCUACUCUGUCAAACAUUGACAUCAGAAUCCCACAAGGUCAGCUGACAAUGAUUGUGGGACAAGUUGGUUGUGGGAAGUCCUCUCUGCUGUUGGCCACCCUGGGUGAAAUGCAGAAGAUUUCCGGUGAGGUCUAUUGGAAUAGCAGCGUACCUGAUAGCGAAACAGGGGAAGAUGUCAGCCCAGAAAAAGAAACUGCGGUAGACAUGGAAAUAAGGAGGAGAGGGGCGGUAGCAUAUGCUUCCCAGAAGCCCUGGCUCUUGAACGCCACAGUAGAAGAGAACAUUACUUUUGAAAGCCCUUUUAACAAACAAAAAUACAAAGCAAUUAUAGACGCUUGUUCCCUGCAGCCAGAUAUUGACAUUCUCCCCCAUGGCGACCAAACACAGAUCGGAGAACGGGGUAUUAAUCUCUCAGGAGGACAAAGGCAGCGGAUUAGUGUGGCGAGAGCUCUUUACCAACAAACCAGUGUGGUGUUUUUGGAUGACCCAUUCUCUGCCCUGGAUAUCCACCUGAGUGACCAUCUUAUGCAGGAAGGAAUCCUUAAAAUGUUAAGAGACAAUAAGAGGACAACUGUUUUGGUGACCCACAAACUACAGUAUCUGCCCCAUGCCGACUGGAUUAUUGCAAUGAAAGAUGGAACGAUUCAAAGGGAAGGGACCCUCAAAGACAUCCAGAUUUCAGAUCCUGAACUCUAUGAGCAUUGGAAGACCCUCAUGAAUCGACAGGAUCAAGAGCUAGAAAAAGAGAUCAUAAUAGACAGAAAGUCCUCGGGGGACAGGAAAAACAUGAAAAGAACAAUGUACUCCAGGGAAGCCUUUUUAGCAGAUGAUGAAGAUGAUGAAGUAGAAGAGUUUUCAGACAGUGAAGAGGAUGAUGACAAUUUCUCAACACUUCUGCACCAGAGGGCAAAGAUGCCAUGGAAAGCCUGUGGAAAGUAUCUGAGUUCGGCAGGCUUCUUGUUACUACCACUGCUCAUCCUCUCCCAGUUCCUGAAACAUUCCGUUAUGGUAGCCAUCGACUUCUGGCUGGCAAAGUGGACAUCAGACGCAAUUGUCAAUUCAACAUCGACAAUUUGUCUGAAGGGACAGGAAUGCCGGUUUGAUCACUCCCCAUACUCUAUGGUGUUCAGCAUCCUCUCCUGUCUGGGAAUUAUUAUGUGUCUGGCCACAUCGAUAGCGGUGGAAUGGACGGGUCUGAGAGUCGCCAAGAAACUACACAACAGUCUACUCAACGCAGUCAUACUAGCGCCAAUGAGGUUCUUUGAAACCACACCACUUGGUAGCAUAUUGAACAGAUUUUCUGCAGAUUUUAAUACAAUCGAUCAGCACAUUCCUGCGACCCUGGAGUGCCUCAGUCGAUCUACGCUGCUGUGUGUGUCAGCUCUGGCGGUGAUAUCCUACGUGACGCCAAUAUUCACGAUCUCCCUCCUCCCUCUCGCUAUCAUAUGUUACUUUAUUCAGAAAUAUUUCCGAGUGGCUUCCAGAGACUUGCAGCAGCUGGAAGACAGCACACAAUUGCCGCUUCUGUCACAUUUUUCUGAAACUGUGGAAGGACUAACAACCAUUAGAGCGUUCAGGUAUGAGGCUCGAUUCCGUCAAAAACUUCUGGAACACACGGAUUCCAACAACAUUGCGUCUUUGUUUCUUACGGCUGCCAAUCGCUGGCUGGAGGUGCGCAUGGAAUAUAUAGGAGCGUGUGUUGUCCUGGUUGCUGCUGUGGCUUCCAUUAUGGCUUCCACAUACAAUAUAUCCACAUACCAUAUAGCCCCUGGGCUUGUCGGACUCGGACUAACUUAUGCAUUAAUGGUAUCUAACUAUCUUAACUGGAUGGUCCGUAACCUCUCGGAUAUGGAGAUACAACUAGGAGCCGUGAAAAGGAUUAAUGGUCUCCUGAAAACUGAACCAGAAAAUUACAAGGGGCUUUUGUCGCCAUCGCAGAUUCCCCCGAACUGGCCUGAAAGCGGCGAAAUCCAAAUACAGAAUCUGAGCGUUCGCUACGAUAGUACAUUAAAACCAGUAUUAAAGCAUGUCAACGCUCACAUAUCUCCGGGACAAAAGAUUGGGAUUUGCGGUAGAACUGGCAGUGGAAAGUCCUCCUUCUCGUUGGCGUUUUUUCGGAUGGUGGAUACUUUCCAAGGGAGGAUAGUCAUCGAUGGGAUAGAUAUUGCCAAACUUCCCCUACAAACUCUAAGAUCAAGAUUGUCCAUCAUUCUUCAGGAUCCGAUAUUAUUUAGCGGAACUAUUCGAUUUAAUUUGGACCCUGAAAAUAAGUGCACGGACAGCAUGUUGUGGGAAGCCCUGGAGAUCGCCCAGCUGAAGCCAGUUGUUAAAGCGUUACCUGGAGGCCUGGAUGCCUCCGUUACAGAAGGUGGAGAAAACUUUAGUGUUGGCCAAAGGCAACUCUUCUGUUUAGCCAGGGCGUUUGUACGGAAAAGCAGUAUUUUGAUCAUGGAUGAAGCCACUGCAUCCAUAGAUAUGGCUACGGAAAAUAUUUUACAAAAAGUGGUCAUGACGGCCUUUGAUGAUCGCACAGUGGUGACUAUCGCGCACCGGGUUCAUACCAUUCUGAAUGCUGACAUGGUCAUAGUGAUGAAGAGAGGUGCGAUCAUAGAAUAUGAUAAACCAGAGGUUCUACUGGAGCAAGAAAACAGCAUGUUUGCAUCUUACGUCCAAGCCGACAAAUAAUUACAAAUAGAAAACCCAUCGAAGUGCAAUUUAGCAAUCAAAUAGUUUUUUUUUAAUAGUGUAAAUAAUGUGUAAAUAAAAAAAAAUCUUGAUUGUUUCAUAUUAAAGAUUUUUUGUGAAA